AUGAGUUGUGUUGAGUCGAGGAUGUCCAAUUACGGGUCGGAAGAGUCACCACCGCAGAAGAAAAGAAGGAAUGAGAAGGCAUCUCCGAGGUGGUGGUGGUCGUUGCCAGACGCGGUGGCUCUGAGCAUCGUGGCUCGGCUCACGAGAUUAGACCACGCGGCCUUAUCUCUAGUCUCCAAGAGACACCGCUCUCUAGUAGCUUCCCCUGAGCUCUGCCGCGCACGGUCGCUGAUAGGUUGCACGGAGGCAUCUCUCUACGUAUGCCUGAACAUCAUGCCUGACCCAAACCCAAGCUGGUUCGUCCUGACACGUAAUCGGCAGCUGAGGCAAAUCCCAUCGAACCCUUACCAGCCUCUAAGAUCAUCGUCAUCUUCUUUCCUAGUGGUGGAUUGGGGCAUUUAUGUAAUUGGUGGAAUCGUAAACGGCAACCCGACUCGGGAUGUCUGGUUCCUUGAUUGUUAUUCUCACACGUGGCACCCAGUCCCGUCGAUGAAGAUACACGGAAACAGAAAUGACUGGUGUGCCAUUGGGGAUUUAUUAUUUUGUCGUGGAACUCGAGGGAGAAUACUGUGGUGUGAGCCAGAUGAAUUGGAUUGGAAGGAAGUGAAGGGCUUGGAAGAGCUGCAAGAGUCUUUCUUCUGUGGCUUGAGACACGUCAUGGAUUAUGGUAAAAAAGUUUAUGAACCCUGUAAACCAACCGAGAGAAAGGUCAAAUAUGAUAUUAGCAAACUCAGCUGCAACUCUUCCGGGAACAUUGUCAUCUUUUGGAACACCCAACUUGAAUAUCCUGAGGGUUUGGAGCUUAAGUCUGCUGAGAUUUCCUUGGAAAGGCACCAGGAAAGCGAGAUUUGGGGCAAGAUUGAGUGGUCUGGUGUUAUAUUGAGAGAUGAUCCUCUCUCACACUCAUAUAGCCUUAACGUCUUGUUUUCUGCUCCUGUCUAUUGCUGAAAUUUCCAAGUUUUUUGUUUAUUCUAUUUUAUAUAUACAUUUUUCUCAAACUGUUUUUCGGUAUCAAGCUAAUCAAUCUUGAGCA